AUGAUGUCGAUGGAAUCAACUUCUUCUCUUGCUCCGUCGUCAGUCAUGUCUGCUCAACGAUCACCCUGGCAUUCACCGGUUCCAUACCUCUUCGGAGGCCUUGCUGCCAUGUUGGGCCUCAUUGCUUUUGCUCUCCUGAUUCUCGCAUGCUCGUACUGGAAGCUCUCCGGCUACCUCCAAAACAACCCCGACGACGAGAGGGACAUUGAAUCUGGAGACGGCGACAGCAAACCUGAUAAUGGCAACGACAAGCCACCGCCGGUUUUUGAAGAGAAGUAUCUUGUAAUUAUGGCUGGACAAGCCACUCCGACGUUUUUGGCCACACCCAUUUCCAGCACAGCCUCGUCGUUUGGUAGUUGCAGUUGCCUGAGCAAUUCAACUGGGUUGACGGAAAAAGUAUCAACGUCUGAGAUGGUGACUGAUAAAGAAGAGACCAGUUACCGGUUAGAAGUGAGGAUCAUGGAGAACGAAGAGGAUGCUGAUCAGCUCCGUUGA